AGGCGGUGGCCUUUGGUAGAAUAAAGUGAUACCAACCGAAGCUAAAAGAAUCACUUCAAAGCAAGCAAGAGCGGUAGAGUAUUCCACCAGGAAAUAUCAGGAAAGCUGAGCUUUCUACAACAUGGCAGUUCAAAUGGCUCAUUCGUCCAAGCUAGUGAGUAUGCUGCUUCUGUUAUUCCUUGCUACGCCUGUGUGCUCGUCCUCAUCUUCGUGUUCAGCACCAAUGGGUAUGGAGAACAGACAGAUAAGAGACGCUCAGAUCACUGCUUCUUCAGAAUAUAAUGAGAAUCAUGCCGCAGUUCAGGGAAGGUUGAACUUCAAGGCCUUGGGAGUCAAAACAGGGGCAUGGUCAGCAUGGACAAAUAAUAUAUAUCAAUGGCUUCAGGUGGAUCUUGGUAAAUACCGUGUUGUGACAGGGAUAGCCACACAAGGACGAAAUAUAGGUUACCAGUGGGUAACCUCAUAUGACCUUGAGUACAGCGAGGAUGGAGUUACCUUUGUUUAUUAUAAGGAAGAAGGACAGAGUUCACCGAAGCGAUUCAGUGGAAAUACAGACUCCGAGAGCAUUGUUUAUCACAAGUUACACCCACCGAUUCAAGCUCGUUUCAUCAGGCUCAGACCUGCAACCUAUUAUGGUCACAUCUCACUCAGGAUGGAGCUGUAUGGCUGUUUAGGGUGUUUGACACCUCUGGGUAUGGAGAAAGGAGGGAUAAAAGAUGCUCAAAUCACCGCCUCUUCAGAGUUUAGCGUUCAGCAUGCUGCAAAGUUUGGAAGGUUGAACUUUAGGGCAAGUGCAAAAGAGCAGGGAGGAUGGUCAGCAGGCUAUACCGCUGCCAAUCAGUGGAUUCAAGUGGAUCUUAGAAAGUACACUGUAGUGAAAGGAAUAGCGACACAAGGGCGAAAUGGUUACGGCCAGUGGGUGACUAAAUAUAAGCUGCAGUACAGCGACGAUGGAGUGAACUUUCACUAUUACGGACAAUCCGAUCAGAGUCCGCCAAAGGUCUUUGAAGGAAAUAAAGACUCAGACAGUAUUGUGUACCACCAUUUGUACCCUCCGAUCAAAGCACGUUUUAUUAGAUUAAGACCGACAGAGUGGUCUGUCCAAAUCUCGCUUCGAAUGGAGCUCUUCGGUUGCUUAGAUCCGUCAGCGAGGCUACAAUGCAACCGCAACAACAUGACAAUACACAUUCCUAAGACCCUCCUUCCUGGUAUUAACCGUGAGCAUCUCCGGCUCCUGGACACGAAAUGCAAAGCUGAAGAAGACAACACUUAUUACAGUCUAACGGCACCGCUGAUCGGGUGUAAAACUACACGCAGACACACGGCUACGGCUGUCGUUUACUCCAACGUGGUCUUGAAAGUCCCCACAGCUUCCAAAAAUGCCAAGAUACGUGAGCUGAAAAUACAGUUCAGCUGUUUUUUUUCCAGUCAUGGUGUGGUGUCAUCGGUCGGUUGGAGAGCAGUCCACAAAAAAGUAAUAAUUAGUGAAGAGGGGGAAGGGAACUUUACUCUUUUUUUGAAUAUGUUCCCUGACAAGAAAUUUGAGAUUCCUUACAAGGAAGAGGAUUUUCCUCUCUUUGUGACGAAGAAACGUCUUUUCUUGGAGGUAUCAGUGAUAACUGAUGAGCGGCUGUCAAUUAUAGCUGAUCGAUGUUAUACCACGCCCACACAUGAUAGAGAAAAUGCACAGAAGUAUGAAUUUAUUUCAAAAGGAUGUCCAAACUAUCCCUCUGUGAUCUACCAUCCUGCUCCCUCGAUCAACUUUCAGCGGUUUAGCCUUGACACCGCUAAAUUCAUCGGUACUGAUUCGUUUGUCUUUGUUCACUGCCACGUGAUCGUAUGCAACGCAACCGACCCAGAUUCCCAGUGUGCGAAGAAGUGUCCUGCAGGUAACCGAGGGAAACGUCAAGUUAGCGAUCACAAGAUGGAUGCGGCGUAUUCCUUGGCCCAGGGUCCACUCCUUCUUGUUAGCAAGAAGAAAGAAGAGAAGAAAAGCAAUGAUGGAGCCAGUGACGAGAUGAAUGCUUCUGAUACUACCUUCGUAGUAGGUUUGGUAAUGAUAUGCGUUGCUUGCUUGGUGGCCGUGGGAACUGGACUGGUAAUUUUUAAGAAGUUACGAGACAGGCGGUCUGCUGCAGAGGUUUUCAGUGGUCAUGAGAAGCAAGAGCCUGAACAUUGAUAAUACAGACUG